AUGAGUGAUAUCCUAUCCAUAGAUACCAAAAAUUGGGAUGAAAAUUUCCUAAAUCAAGUCCUACCCAAAAAUGUCGUGCAGAACAUUCUUGCAAUUGAUCUGAGACAACAUACUACCACCAAAGACACCAUAUUCUGGCCGCACUCUAGUAAAGGAACACUGACGGUAAAAUCAGUGUAUGCGCAUCUGAUAAGAGACAAAGCCAUUCAAAACGGCCAUCCACCUCUCCCUCCACCAAACCCAAUAUGGAAGAGAAUUUGGUCUCUUGAUGUCCUCCCUCGUAUCCGUGUUUUUGUCUGGAAAUGCUAUAGUGGCAUUCUCCCAGUCAGUAGUAAAAUAGGAAGAUGGGUCACCACAGUAGACAAAACCUGUAUAAUGUGUGGCUUCCCUUCCGAAACUGAUGCACAUACCCUUUUUAGAUGCCCGUUUAGUCACGCUGUCUGGUUUGGAAUACAUUGUAGAGUAGAUACAAAUACUGCAAAUGUUCAAGAAUGGAUUGAAUCUUGGAUUACAAACACUCAACCCAGUCUAUUCUCAGGAGUUCAAUGGAAUCAGUUGUAUGCUCUUACAUCCUGGUAUAUCUGGAAAGCUAGGUGCUUAAAAUGCUUUCAACAACAACAACAAACACCUGCGGUUACUAUUCACCAGAUAGAAAACCAUUUUCAGUUACGGAAAACCAACCCUAGUGAGCUAUCUUUCAACGGAACCCCAACCUUGGCCCAACUAGAUCAAAUUCAGAUCAUGAUACAAGUUCCAAAAUUAACAAUGAAGUGUUUCAGUAGCUGGCAUGUCCACCCUCACACGGCUAUUGUGAUUAAUGUUUUGACAGAUGAACGCGGAAAAACCAAAGGAAGAUGGGCAUGCCUCUGCGCAGUGAGCUCACUACAACAAAGCGCGGCUGUGGGAGUUAUUGAAGCAAUGAAGUGGCAUCAACACCACAAUCUCAGGAUAUGCAACAUUGAAAUGGAUGACAGCAAGCUGAUGAAGAUCUUGAAGACAAAAUGGAGUCUGCCUCAACAGGCUACUCACGUUGCCCUAUUUGAACACAAUGUUGAACUCUUUUCUUAUUUUCGCAAAUUAAACUGUAAUUCCCUAAGGCAAGAUUGGAAGACCACAAUCCAAUCCAUGGCCAAAGAUUAUGCCCCAUCCACUGGAGACGGUGGUGCCUAUUUCUCUAUGUUUGAUUGUAAUAUGUAUGUCCCAAACAAUGCUUCUCACUCCUUUCUGGGGAGCUAG